AUGGACGUCUAUAAUUUGCUGGUUUGGCCUGAGAAUAUCGCACUGACGUUUAAUGCGUUUUUUCGCGAUGAAGCUCUCUCUCCUAUGAAAGCUCGAAUUGUGCGGCAUUCAGUCUAUCGGUAUCUCUUAUUGACUUAUAUUCUCGUUCUAAGAGACGUUUCAAUUCCCAUCAAGAAACAGUUCCCUACAUAUCAACAUCUCAUUGACGGUAAACUACUCACAAAAGAGGAAGUGGCCUUGAUGAAUGCUAGUAAUGUUGAUCCAAAUUACUGCCGUUAUUGGAUGCCGAUGUUGUGGCUUUGUCAAGUUGUGAAGAAAUACUACAAGUAUUGCAACUUAAUUUGA